AAUUCCUGAAAAAAUAAAACUUCAGAUUUUCAGAAAAACAAAAAUGGUAGGUUGUAGCCCUUGUUGUAGAGAUCCUUUCACCCAAGUUUUAGGUCAAAAAGCUACACAGAGCUUAGAGAAACGAAGGAUGCGAGUUUACAGAGAACAAAAAAUUGCGGAAACGAAUAAAGAAGAUAUACUGCUUGAUCGGCUUUGAAACACGAUUCUAACAGUAUAACUUUUACAACAUUUGGUGCAGAAAUAAGAUUACAGAUGAUAAACUCGCUAUUCUACAAAAAAAAGAGUCUUUCGCAGAUAGUUCUUCUGAUCAGCUCUCGAUCGGCUCUGAUACCAUUUGUUAGUCCCUGUUUUCUAUAACAACAGUAUAAUAUGGCAUACAGAUGAAAGAUUAACAACAAAGAUGAACACAGAAAGAUCAAGUGUAAACCUUCUCUGAUAUACCGUGAAUCUUUCGUACAAGAAUGAUAAGCGCUAAGGCUAUUUUGAGCAGAUACGAAAGUUAACCGCAAACCUGAGUCCUCUGCCCUCUUUUAUAGGCGAGGCUCAGGUAUGCGUAAAAAGGCUUCUCGCCUAAAUAUGGGCCUAACACUUGGCCCAUAUUGAAUACUAUUCUAACAGAUAUAUUUAAUCAGUGCAGAACAGAAAUAGUAAACAUCUAAAUUAUUACAGACAAAACAGACAAACUUGAUUCACAAUAAAAUAGUCUUCAACAGAUCCUAGAGUGUAAGAUAGGGUUGUGAGCAAGCUGAACAGUACUCAGGUUAUCACAAUAGACUUUAGGAACAGAAAAAGAGACUUGAAGUUCUUGUAGAAGGAAUUGAAUCCAUAAUAACUCUACAGUAGUAUCAGCUAGGCUUCUAUAUUCAGCUUCAUCUGAAGAUCUUGCUACUCUGUCCUGCUUUCUUGACCACCAUGAAACAAUGUUAGAACCCAAAAAUAUGUAUGAGCCAGAUGUGGAUUUCCUGUCAUUAGGGUCAGAUGCCCAGUCUGCAUCACAAUAGGCUGAGAUUGGAAGAGGUAUGGAGGAUAGAGGUAGAGGUUUGAUGAUGAGGCCAUGAUUGGUGGUACCAGAUAGAUACCUGAGAAUGUGUUUAACUGCAAGCUAGUGUUCUUGCAGUGGUGCUGCCAUAAAUUGAUAAACCUUGUUGACUGCAAAACAUAUGUCAGGUCUAGUAAGAGUAGCAUAUAGCAGAAUUCCUACAACUGAUCUGUAGUAAGAAGGAUUUGGGAGAUGGUUACUGCCCUCUUUAGUGAGUUUUGAAGUGCUGACCAUAGGUGUUUUCACUGCUUUGGAGUCAAGCAUACCAGUUUGGUUAAGUAAAUCCUUGUUAGGGACCUAGUAGAAUGAGAGUAAAUAAGAAGAGUAAUAGCUAGAGUAGUAUAAAUAGAAUCAAUGAUAAGAUCCUCCAGAAUUCCAGAACAAUUACAAGAAGAGUAACUAGAAAUCGGCUAAAGAAUUUUAUUGAAGAAGAUAUCGAUUACAGAGAAGAAACAGUGAACAAGGCCGAAGCCCCCAAAGUCGUAGCCCCAAAAGAUCGAGAUGUUCAGUCUCGUAUCUUUCCCAGUCCCAAGACCAAAUGUCUAAAAGCCUACCUGACUUCUCCCAGCUUAUUCUAUUUAUACUACUCUAGCUAUUACUCUUCUUAUUAACUCUCAUUCUACCGGGUCCCUAACAAUCCUUGAUAUAUUUGGCUUGGGAGAGAUGUAGGCUGCCAUCAGGUAGUUCAUGUGUUUCUAUUCCCAGAAAGAAGUCAAGGUCUCCCAAGUGCUUCAAAAAGAAAGAGAAGUCAAGAGUUUUAAUAAUUUGGUGAAUGGCAGUAGGAUGAUUUCCAAUAACCAAUAUGUCAUCAACAUAGAUUAAAAUGUAUAGUUGGAUUCCAGAAGACAGGUAAAUGAGUAAGGAAGGAUCACUUUUACUCUAUUUGAAGCCAACUUUAUACAAAACUGAAGUUAAUUUGAGAAAUCAAGCCUGUGGGGCUUGUUUAAGCCCAUAUAAGGACGUUAUGCAACUUGCAGACAAGAGAAUUGUCUUGCACUUGAAAACCUGGAGGCUGCACCAUGUAAACUUCUUCUUCAAUUUCACCAUUUAAGAAAGCAUUAUUAACAUCAAGUUGCUGAAUAGACCAUUUAUUUGAUACAGCAAGUGUAAGAAGAACUCUUAUUGUCACAGGCUUGACAACUGGAGAAAAUGUUUCUCCAAAGUCAGUACCAAUUUUUUUAUGAAAACCCUUAGCCACCAGUCUGGCCUUGUACUUGUUCAAAGAAUCAUCAGCAUUUUCUUUAAUUCUGAAAACCCAUUUGUAGCCAAUGCAUUAUACUCACACUUCAUAGCCUCAAACCAGUGAGGAGAAGCCAUGGCUUGUUUUACUGAGUUAGGCUCAGUAUGAACUGUGGAAACCCUAGUAGUAUUGGGCUUAGCCCAUUUGUAUAUCUUGUAUAGGAAACCCUACUACUCUAAAUAUAGCUAUAAAUAUAGCUUCUUAUAUAUCAUUUUAAUAUCAAGUAUAUGAAAUGUAAUAAUACUUGUUCACAUGGUAUUAGAGCCAUUAUGGCAAUUGUUAGGGUAGUGUUAUGAUUUUUUUUCCGGCGUCAUUUCCGGACUGAAUUCUGGCGUGAACAGUAUCGCGACUUUCAAAUGAGUGCUUCCGGUAGUGAUAUCAACCCACCGUUGUGCUCAAGGCUUCAUCGCGACUUACCGCCGGAGGAAUCACCUGUGCCGCAUCACCCACGCGUCGCUGAAGUCCGCUCCUGUGGUUUUACAUUUUUUGCAGAUCUUUCUCCUUCUGCUUAUCUGCGUUGACACCUCCAACCACCAGAAGUUCCUGAGUUUCCGGCGACCAGAACGACAUAAGUUACGCCGCCGUCGACCGAGUCACGCGCCGCCGCCGUCAAACGCGCCACCGCCAACCGCCGCCGACAUCUUCCGAACACCGUCGUCCUGCGCCGACCGCCAUCAACCAGCAGUCAUCUGCACCUCCCCAGAAAGGUAGAGGUCUGUUCUCUUCAUGUCUUUGUAGCAACAGUUCUUCAACCUGCCUGCAACCUGCCUAGGGUUUCUUACGCUUGGGGAAUUCUUAAGUCUGUUACCGCUGCUUAUUCUCUCUGGUUCGCUACUUUGCUGUUUUUUUUAAAUUACUCAUAUUUACUUUUCUUGCAGCAGUAGUUUUUAUAUUUACGUUUCUCUUUGCAAUAUUAAAAAAAAAUAAAAAAAAAAAAGAAAUUAAAAUUCGGCUAAUGGCCUUCAAACUUCGGCUUCAGGUAUUGGGCAAGCACUUCCACUUUCAUCCUUACCAUUAGACUCGGUCUUAUAUGUCCCAAACACCCCUUUUAACCUUGUCUAUGUCAGUAAAAUUACACGUGCUCUUAAUUGUUCCAUAACAUUUUCUGCUGAUUCUGUGAUGGUGCAGGAUCGUUGUAAGGGGAAAACGAUUGGCGUCGGCCAUGAAUCUCAAGGUCUGUAUCAUCUCCAUCCUCUUGAUCCAACCGUUUGUGUUUCAAUUGAACCUGUUGUUACAUUACAUAACCGUCUGGGUCAUCCUAGUCUCUCAAAGUUUCAACGUAUGGUUCCAGGUUUCUCAAGUCUUUCAUCUUUAGAUUGUGAGUCAUGUCACCUUGGAAAACAACCUCAUGCGAGUAUCUACAGCGAAUCGCUCGAGCAUGAAAUGACUCUGAAAGCGACGCAAGCAACCACGAGAACAACAUCUGGUCCUGUUGCUCCCAGAUAGUAUACUCCGCAUUGACAUUUUCACUUGCUUCAUCGACAUCAGAGUUGAAUUUCUUCAGAAUUUGAGGUUUCACGAUGAAUCGAAGGAGUUUAUGCGCUCGAACAAUAACUUCCACGUGAUGCUUCCAGAAGAUAAAGUUAUUUGCAUCGAGUUUGAUCGGUAGUGGAUGUGCGAAGGUUACAGGAGAAUUCGAAUUGGCAGAAUUGGCAGUAGAAUGAGAAGAAUCGUCUGAGAUCACCAUGGAUUCGAGCUACAACUCUGAUACCAUAAUAGAAAUCUUACAAAGAGAGAUAGAGAAAAAGCUUAUUAUUACUUAACUGUUCUGGAGCAGCAUUACAAGAUAUAUAUAGAAUCAGUUAGGUCAGGCUACUAACCAACCCUAACCGACUCUAACAAACACAGAUUAAGUACAAUAGACUAUUCUAGAAUGUAUAUCUAACAUACCAAAUUGAUAGUUUUCCCAAGAAAUUGCCCCAAGUGGGAGUAAACACAAUGUGGAGUUCUAAAUUAGGAGUACUAUGUUUUAGUGUCUUAAUUUAGAGUAAUUAUUGUCAUAAUUGGAAAAUACGGCCAAAUAUGACAUUAAUAUUGCCACAUCAAAGCUUGGUAAUUGCAAAAUAUGGCAUUAAAUAUUAGGAUGACAGCAUGUUACUCUUAUUCAGGAAAAAAAUAUAGAACGGAGUACUACGUUGGAAUUUUACUUUUUUUUGUGACAUAUCGGGAAUAGUUUCCCUUAUUAUUAGCAUUGUUAUAUUAUCUCCAACAAAACAUUUGUGCAGGUUGGGUUGUCAAAUAUAUUGGAGGAAAUCAUAGAGACCUUGAAGGGAAGGUAGAGGUCUCAUAUCUCUUCCUAAAACCAGUGACUAAAAAAGAGGCUCCGGACUAUCAUAAUUCAUAAGUAUGUAAAGUGCCCUAUGGAUUUAUCCACCAUUCGAGAAAAGGCGAGGAAGUUGGAGUACAAAAACAGUCAUCAGUUCAGGCACGACAUGGCACAGAUUGUCAUCAAUGCACAUAUGUACAACGAUAACUGCAAUCCGGGUAUCCCUCCCCUUGCUGACCAGCUUAUGGAGAUAUGUGACUUCAUGCUGAUGCAGAAUGAUGCUUUAUUGUCUGAAGGAAGCCUGUUACUGUAUGGAUAUAACUUGUCUGUUGUAUGUAAUUUGACCAUCUCUAACUUUAGGCGUGUAAGGACACGGUGGAAGGACUCCUGGAUAGAUCACAGCCACUUGGAUUGCCUUGCAGAAGAAAUUGUUCUGAGUGAGCGGCCACAAGGCGCACCUGACAAACUGAAUCCGCCAUGUAACCACUAUUCUGAUCCGUUAGUAAUGUUUAGUUCUGAUAACCCCACCCCCACCCAACGUGUAUUGUUAAAAGUGGUUUAUUUAGCUCUCAAGUCUCACCCAGAAUAAGUGGGUUGAACUCGGUCUUUUAGCUUAAACAGCCCUUACAGCCUGAUAAGGCGUACUAGCUCCUAUGUUGAACCAUAACAAGCCUGCCUGGUAAUUGGAUGGCUUGAGUAAGGUCACUUUUCGACAUUGAGACCAAUUUUCAUUCUCAACCGUCACAUUUCUAUUGGAGUGUCCGGAUGAAGGUGAGCUGUUGGUGCUUAGCUUGAUCCUGUUGUUGAAUGAGUUUCUUCGGAAAUUGUCGGCAUUAAGAUAUACUCCCUCCCGUCCCAAAUGAAAUUCACACUUUGACUUCACACAAAUUAAGGAAAUAAAUUUGACUUUACUGUAGAGUAUACUGUUGUGAAACUGUUUGACACUGUUUGGCACUGUUUUUCACUGUUUUGCAUUGUUUUGAUGUAGAUAAUUUGACAAAUAAAGAAGGGAGAAAAAAUGUGAAGUUUAUUUUGGACCUACCCAAAAAAGAAAGUGUGAAUUUCAUUUAGGAACGGAGGGAGUAUUUGAUGUGUAAUACAUAUGUGGUAGCGUUAGAAUAGAGAAUGGUCAACACAUAAUUAGACAUGAAGUUCUGGGCACCAGUUUGGUUUUGGUUUACCUGCGUGUAUCCGUUCAGUUUUGGACAUUUAGAUUCAAAGAUUUUUUUUCUUUUUCUUUCAAACAUACCAAAAAAUAGUCCCAAUAGUUGAAUACUAACACUCCAAACGUGAAAAUUUGGACAAACGAAAUUCAAUUAUAUUAUUUAUUGAUGACAUAAAUGAUUACAUUUUGAAAUGCUUAAUUGAAACAAUCGAGGGACACCAUCAUACAUGAAUUUAAUAUCUAUACUCUAAAUGACAAUUUUAGCAUUCAUAUUAGGGGUUUUUCCUUGAAUAUUACCUAUUUGAAGCAAUUUUCCAAAAAAGUGAUCAUUUUAAUAAAAGGAUAAAAAUGUGACUAAAAAUGUCACAUAUAUGAAAAACAUGAUGUCACCAAUGUUUUAUGUCACUAUCAGAUUUUUAUGUCACUAUUAUAUGUCACUAUCAGAUUUGUAUGUCAUUUUUUAAGUCACUGUAACUGCCGGAAUAAUUUCCGGCAACCUUUUUCGGUGAAACUAUAACUAACCAGAUGUCAUUGCUGCCGUCGCCCAUGUCAUUGCCGCUCGUGUCAGUACCGCCGCUGCCGACUACCACACCUUCAUAGUGACAUUUCUGCAGUGAUAUUUCAGUGGCAUAUCCAGGAAUAAAAAAUACUUUGCCCAACCUCAUGUCACCGUGACAUCUCCGCGGCCGCCACAGUGACACAAAAUUACUCCGGCCACCGCCCUCCGGUUAGUUACCACCAUCUCCUCGCCCCCCAGCUAAAAAUGGGAGAAAAGAAACAGCAACUCCCAUCUCCGCCUCAACAUUCCGGCGGCUGACAUCUGGCAUGGCCCGCCGGUGGGCUUACCUCCGCCAUUGACAGCUCAUCUCUCCCCACCUCAACCCUACCUAGCCCCCUAGCCCCCCUCCCCAAUCCCUCCCUUCCUACCCCUGGCCCAAAUCCCAUCCCAAUCCAUCGCAAUACCCCUAACCAACCCUAGCCACCAUUUGGAUCUGGAUAAACCCCAACCGUCCCAAGCCAUCACAGAUCCGAAGGUAGGGCGACGGCGGCGGUGGCAGGGAGCGAUGGUGACGUCCAAAGCAGCGACGUUUUUUUUGCUCUACUCGUCGGGGUGAGGAUGACGAAGACCAUGGGAAGGGCGGCGGCGAUGUUCCAUUAGGCUCUGCCCGCGGAGGACGAUGGUGUCAACCAAGGCAGCGACGACCAAGGAGUGGAGGAAGAGGUGGUCCGGCUGCUCUGUCCGCAGAGGAGAGAUGCUUUUCAUCGAUGGAUUGUUCCUUCUGUGAGUUGCGUCGAUGUCUUCCAGCUAGGGAUGGCAACAACUGGGCGGAUGGGGACGGUUUUAGGUAUAACCAUCUCCCACUUGGGUAAUUUACCAGCCCCCUAAUUGUCCCAUUAUCCAAAUCAUAACCGCCCUAACGGGUAACGGGUAAAACAUCGCGUAAUCGCGGAUAACCACUUUAUUAAUUCAUUUAAUUGAGUCAUUAAAUUUUGAUAUAAAAAUAUUGUUUUUAUUUAAAGACGAAGAAUGACAUCGCCUAGACGACUCUACAUUUCAAAUGUGAAUUUAAAAAUUCGUAUAUCUACAAGACGAGAAAGGAAGUAACUUAAAUUAAUUUGAACCUAAAAAUACUCGAUCUAAAAAAUAAUUAAUCACAAAAAAAUAUGGUAAUAAUCUAACAAGACUAUUAAAAUCUAUCAUGAACUUUCGUUCAUACAUUAUAGUUAGUACAUCUAUUAUCUAUACAUACACAAUGAAAAGAAAAAAAUCUCAUCUUUUAAUAGAUAAAAAUAUAACAAAUAUAUAGCUACAAAUAAACGGGGCGGGUAUGGGGCGGGUAAUGGGGCGGCAUGUAUAAAACCGUAACCGCUCCAUUAUCCGUAAAAAUAAAACGGGGAUUCCCUGCCCCGUACCCGUUACCCGGUCAAUGUGAUUUUCCCCAUUUUGACCGGGGCGGUUCGGUGCGGAUAUCCAUUGGUUCGGUCACAAUUGCCAUCUCUACUUCCAGCGCAACAAGAAAU